AUAACAUAGUCUCCAGUUUUAUGUCUUCUGGAGGCUUCUUGCGUUUACGCUUGUUUUUACCUGGGAGAGAAACAGAGGGAAACAAUAAAGAAAAAAUAUUUCUGUUCUCUCUUUUCUCUCCAACACAACUUAACCAUUUGAUGUUGAGUUUGAUGACGAUGUAGGCUUUGUAAUUCUAUAAGGUGUGUUGUUUUUAGAUACAGAAAAAUGGCUAAUGGAGAAGAAAAAAGCAAUGACUUUUAUGCAGUUUUGGGAUUGAAUAAAGAAUGCACGGCAACAGAGCUGAGGAAUGCCUAUAAGAAACUUGCACUGAAAUGGCACCCAGAUCGCUGUUCAGCUACGGGAAAUUCAAAGUUUGUUGAGGAAGCCAAGAAGAAAUUUCAGGGAAUUCAACAAGCCUAUUCUGUUUUAUCUGACGCCAACAAGAGGUUUCUGUAUGACGUAGGUGUGUAUGACAGUGAUGAUGACGAUGAUCAAAAUGGAAUGGGUGAUUUCUUGAAUGAAAUGGCUUGCAUGAUGAGCCAAACAAAGACUAGUGAAAAGGGGGAAGAGAGUUUUGAGGAAUUGCAGGAGUUGUUUGAAGAGAUGUUUCAAGGGGACGUUGAGGCUUUCCGUUCUAGCCGUCAGGAUUCUAGUUCAUGUUCUACUUCUUCGUCGAUGUAUGUAUCUUACAAUGAUGGUUCAAACUCAAACAAGCGCAGUUCAUCAGAAAUGACUUCUGGGAAGACAAAUGCAGAGGGCUCUUGUAGUUUCAAUGCUCAUUUUCAGAGUUUCUGUUUUGGGACUGGUGGAGCUCCGGCAAAAUUUCAUGAAGGGGAAGGGAGUAGGAAGAGGAAUUCCAGGAGGCAGCGGCAGUAGCCAAUGACACAGCAAAAAAGAAAAAAAUCAUGUUUCGUCUGGCUAUAAUCUCUCCUUCCACGAUCAUUCAACUAUUUCUGCUUUAUAAUUCAACCCCAACAUUUGGGCCAAACUUAGCAUAUUAACUUAAUGUCACACAAGGUGAAGCGAUGGAAGUCUUCAUGACCAAUGCAGACUUACGGUUGGAGAAAGCUUGAAUCAUUGCAUGGAGGACCCAGAACACCAUGGAUACUGAAGCAAAGCUAUAAACACCAUAAUUUGUGUGCCAUGGUUCUCUUGCUUGAGGGUUUAGCUCAAUAGGAAGCUGAUGAUUGUAAGAGCUUAUCAAACGUUUGAUAAUUUAGCUAAGUUUUCCUGCCGUUUAUAUUUUCAUUUAAACUCUCCAAAGUUAUCCUACAAUAAGUUUUUAUAUA